UCAGGCAGUAGAGUGGCUUGGAGAGCUGUUGGACGCUCUCUUGAAGACACACGUGAGGCUGGGCGACGACUCUCAGGAGACCCGGACAAUGUUGGACAAACACAGGAAGUUUGUGGACGUCGCUCAGAGCACCUAUGAUUACGGCCGCCAGCUGCUGCAGGCGACAGUCGUCCUCUGUCAGUCUCUGCGCUGUACGACACGCUCGUCCGGAGACACUCUGCCGAGACUCAACCGAGUCUGGAAGCAGUUCAGCGUCAGUGCUGAGGAGAGACAACAGAGACUGGAGCUGGCUCUGAACUUCCACACCGCCGCUGAGAGGGUGUUGCAGCUGGAAUGUGUGGACCCAGAGUCUCUGGAUGAAGUCGAUGCUUCUGGGAAAACUCUGCUGGACAGACUGGCCAUGCCUGUUAUCUUCCCAGAUGGGACCGAGCAGUUCUUUGGGAGUCCCAGCGACACCGCAGCAGCAGCCGAGGGUGUCAGAGAGCGCCUCCUGCUGGUGGAGGAGCGGCGGCUGCAGCUGCAGGAGGCGGGGCUUCAUAACGAUGAUUAUGAGGAAGAGGAGGAGGUGCGGAAUGGGCAGGAGGCACGGCUGGACGUGAUCGGAGAGGAACUGAGCGAGAAAGAGGAUCAGGAUGAGGAGGAAGUGGAGGAGGAGGUGGAGCAGCGGGACGAGGACUUGGAGAGGGCGACGCAGGACUGCUAAUGGAUUGCUGAUGAAGUUAAACCGAGCAACCUUAAUGAAGUUUGAUAACGACGGGCUGCUGAUUAAUUUCCACCAAAACCUCCGGUUGCUUCUGUCUCAGUGAAGCAAUAGCUCAUUCUUACUGCCGGUAUCUCUUCGCAUUACGACUACAUUUCCCAUCAGCCUCACAGCUUCUUAAAAGAGGACAAACAUGUAGUAUGUGAUUGUUUCACUCCGUUCAGCGGAAAUUAUGAGCUUUACGACCAUCUGCUCUGGAACAACAGCGCUUUCCGACUGUUUUUCUGCCGUUACGCGAUCCUGCAGAUUUCACAAAAUGUAAAAUACUGGAAUUAUUAAUAUUCACAUCUCCGGAUGCUCUCAUGAAGACGAUCGACUGUAAAAUAAUCAGUUUGGAUAAGAAUACAUAUAAUGUACAGCUAACACCGCCUCCUCUUUCCCAGCAUGCCUCUUGUUCACCUGAGUGGGUGGAGCUUCCAUGGUGCUAACAUGGUUACUGAAGUUUCUACCUGUGCCUCCUCCGACAUCUCGCCUUCCUUGUUUCCUCGCCUCCUUUUAUUUGCCUCUUCUAACAGAAGAUAAACUUAAUGGUCCAUACGGGGGGGGCGGAGCUACAGUAUUUCAGGUGUGCAGCGACCUGAUCCUGUUUUUGCAUCGACGGUCUGAUACAUUUCUCCCAUAAACUGUUUUAGCUUUUCACCACUGGGACGGACAUGAAAUUGAAUCACUCGUGUAAACUGAAAAAAAACAAGAGCAAGACUCCUUGAAGUGCAACGUGACAAGAGAAGUUAACUACAAGUCCCAGAAAGAACAUCGUAAAAUAACAAAAAAAUGAAAUCCAAUCAGCUCAAAGUGAAAAAAAUGACAUACAUUUUUACAUCAUCUUGCAAGCCGUCUGGAGAAAAUACCGCCAAAAGCUGAAAUCUUUCUCAAAAGCUAAAUUCUCCUUGUUUUCUUCGUAAGAAACCCACCUGACAAAGGAACCUGGUGAUGUCAUUUUACGUCCGCCUUCUACUUAUAUGUGUAGAUUUAAGCAGGAUCUCAGUAUUUUAAAGCUUCUGCAUUUUUUCCCCAACAAACUUAAAGUAGUACACGACUUUAUAUUGACAAAAUUAAAGAGGUCUACACAACAAUUAUGCAAAACAUGCACAAACAAGAGCAUAAAGAUUCACUACAAUUUAUGAAAUCAAGUGUUUUAUGCUCAGAAAUUUCUGGCUGAGGACCCUGAAACACCCUGAAACACCCUGAAACACCCUGAAACACUGCAUUUGAAAUGACCGAAAGCGGAGCGGCUCUGGACUCCGCAGCUCACCUUUGUUACGGCACCAACAGAAGGUUUAAUAAUUUUCUUAUGUUAACUCCAGACCUUAUACUUUAAUACACUAAUUAAAGCAAUUAAUGAAUUUUAAACUGCACUUUUUUUUUCAAUUUUUGGCCAAUUGAGAUUCCAUUUUCGUACUUUUUUUUGAGUACGACACAAUAAUUUAUUGCAAGUACUGAAAUAUUAAAGUUACUUAGAAAUGCCCAUUCCUUUUAAUUUUUUUAUUUUUUAUUUUACAUCUGCAUCUCUGGGGCUCUGCAUUUUGCUGAUUACAGAUUUGGCCAAAUGAAUCCACAAUUGGAAACACGCAGUAGGGAGAGAGAAAUUGAUUUCAUAGCAGAGUAUAAUUUCAGCUCUAUUGACUGAACAUUUUUUUGAGAAAUCAUGUGCGGGACUUGUAGUUGUAGCAUCAAUGCAUCCAUCAUACUUAACACCUCUGAAGGACCACUCUGCUGCUCUGAACAAACCCUCUGCCUUCACGAUGGAAACCAAACCUGUGCAGCUUUGCUCUGAUCCAGACUGACCACAUGACAACAAAUACAUUUUUCUAUUUAUUUGACUUUUUUUUUCAAGCAGACUUAAUUGGUAGGUACUUUUGACCAGUAACUGCUGCUGUAAGUGUAACCGCUAAAUACUGUGUCCAGCUCUCUGUCCUCUCCGUCCAAUAACCAGUAUGAUGACAUCAGUAUGACAUCAUCCUCGAAAUAAAGAAGCGUUUUGAA